AUGCGUGGAAUUUUCGAGAAUUGGCAAAAACAAAAAACAAUUUACCCAAAAACUAAACAAACAGUGAAAAUUUGGUUUCAAAAUAAACGGUCAAAAUUAAAGAAAAUUCUACGUCAAGGUCAAGAUCCUACAGCAUUUCUUAAUGGAACUGGGAAUGAUAAACUUAAUGAUGAUGAAGAUCAAAUGGAAAGUGAUUAUGAAGAAGAUACACAUUCUAUUGAUGGUGACACAUCAAAAUUAUCAGCCAAUUCAUUGGAAUAUACGCGUAAUCAUCAUCAUCAUCAUCAAUAUAAUUCAAAUAUCCCACAAUCAAAUCUUCAACAUUCAAUACAUUCAAUAAAACAAAAUGAUAAUUUUGAAUUUAUUAAAAAUGAUAUGAAUCAUUUUGAAAAAACUAAUCUGAAUGAUACAGGUUUCUAUUCUUUAAAUAAUAAUAAUAAUAGUAACAAUCUAAAUUGUGAAUCCUAUUUAAAUUCCAAACUUCCAACUCAUACAGAAAAAUCAAUAAAUCAUCAAGUAACCAAUCAUGAUGAAGUGAACACAAUACCGACCAAUCAAUGUUUAGCAUACACGACUACUGUAGAAUUAACCAAUCAAAAUCAAGCAAAUAGUUUUGCUCCAUUAAAUGAUCAAGUGUCAAUAGAUAAUAAUUCAAAUCGUUUAUUAUUUACUGAACAAUCGAAUAAUAAUAAUAAUAAUAAUAAUAAUAAUAAUAAUAAUAAUAAUAAUACUCAUUCAUCAAAAUCUUCAUCACCUUCUUAUUCAGAUGAGAAACAAUUACAUUAUACAGAAACAUCAAAUUCUCAUCAUCAUAUAUGGUCGUCGUCGUCACCUACCAUAUCUACUGUGAUUCAACAGCAAUCCAAUUUGAUCAAUGAAAGCCAUUUAAAUUCAAAUUGGACACAUCAUGAUAUUCAAUUGUCAACAUUCAAUUUGUCCAAUUGUUUAAUUAAUAAAGAAAUGGAAAAUUCCCAUCACAUGAUUACAUCAUCAUCAUCAGCAUCAUCGGCAUCAUCAGCAUCAUCGGCAUCAUCAUCUUCGACAAAAGAUGAAUGUAGUAGCCAGCUGACAGAACAUCAAGAAGAGAAAAUCAUUAAUAAUCCUUGGUGUAUUGAUCUGAAACCAAAUUUAAAACCACCAACUGAAUCAACAACAAUCUUAGAUAUUCCAUAUGAUCAGUAUACUUAUUAA